AUGGCUGCUCCGGAGGCCAUUCAACCCGUUGUCGAUGAGGCCAUUCAACCCGUUGUCGAUGAGGCCAUCUCUCCGCGACAGGAUGCGCCACCGUCCAUCGAGCAGGCUAUGCACGAGUCCAUCAAGUCCAUCGAAAAUAUCACGCCUCUCAAUCCCCUCGACCUCCGAGCCGACCCCGAUGCCCAGGCCACCGUUAGUGACUUCCUCGACUUUACCGAGUACCUCCCGGCCGAUAUGAUGCGUUCUUUGACCCUGAUUGGCCAACUUGACCAGGCCUACAUCGAUUCCUCGAACAACAUCGACGACCUCACAACACAAUGGGGCCAGCUCCCCGGCCUCCCGGCUGGUGCUAAGAGCAAGAACACACCGGUGGAGCUGCGCAGCCACGUGUCGGAAAACCUGCACCAUGCCCUCAACUCUCGCGUCUAUUCCCAUGCCGAAGCGCAACGGAUGGCCGAGAAUGUGAACCGUCAUCUCAACCGUGCCAAGACCAUUCUCGCAAAAUUGCAGGCUAUGCAGGAUAACUACCAAGAGUUAGAGGAGCAACAAAAGAGCCCAGUGGCCAACAGAUCGCCUCAGAUGUCGAGAGUACCAAAGAUUACACUGAAAAUAGACGGACAGAAAGUGCGCAGGCCGAGAGUGCCUAGGAUCACAGUUCCUGGCGAGGUGUUAGCGCCAUACGAUAUUAACUUUGACGCAUACACCACGGGAUCGGAGAGCAGUUCGGAGGAAGAGGAUGACGCAGUAUCUUCCAGCCGGGUCACUCCGGCUCCGCGCAUCAAGGUCGUGAAAGGAUCAACAAGGCCGCCCAAGUCGAGUGUUCCAAGGGCGCCAAGACCCAGGACAUCUGUCCCCCCUCCCAAUGUGCCCGGUGGGCUAUCCACCAGUGCUGUCAUGGCACAGCUCGUCCCUCCACCCGAAAACGCAGUCCCAGGAAGCGCCGAUGCACCAUGGUGUCAGCUCACUGCGUUUGAACUGGCAAGACUUCGUAAGAGAAUGAAGAAGAACGCGGCUUGGACUCCAAGUGAUACCAUGGUUGCGCGAGAGCUAGCCGCGCUCGGACGAGGCGUCGAUGCCUUCAAAGCUGCGAAGAAAAAGGCAGAGGACGAGGGGAGGGUGUUUGAAGGGGCGAUGCCGGUGCCGACGAUCGACCCUCACACCGGCGAGAAGAGGAUGCCGCUCGGGGCUUUGACUGUGGAUGCUUUGGCGUCGGAUGACAAGAAUAUCACAAACCGUGGCAUGAAACUGAACGAGGCUAAGAAACUCAAGAGGGAGCAACUGGCCAAGCUGGCAGCGGACGAAGCCGAACAGUCGGCUGCCAUGUUCCGGGAACAGGCACGGAUGAUUAUGGGGGGCGUGCCUCAACCAGCUGCUGUCGCGGAUGCCAAAGCAAUCAAGAGCAAGGCUCCGAAGAAGCGGAAACGAGAUUCGAUGCCGGGAACUGAGGCCGAAGGUGCUGAAGAACAGGAGACCGCGGCGGAUGGCAGUCAACAGGCUCAGAGGCCACAGUUUAAGAGAACCAAGACGGAGACGCCUGUACCGCCGCCAAUAAUAACCUCUGGGAAUUCUUUGGGCCCGCCUCAGGAAACGCCGGUCCAGCUUCCCCAGAGGACAAAUGCGGUCUUGCACUCUACAACGCCUAUACCUUUACCAAACCUUUCACAGGACCAGUCAAUAACGGCCAAGCCGGCAUCAGUAAUAUCAGCUACCUCACCCGCCGGUAGCACCGCCGGGCCUUCGAGCGUCCCGACAUUGGCACCCAUCAAACUGCCGACUACCGAGACACCUAUACCACCGCCAGUGAUUUCACCGAAGAAGUCAGUGACGCCCAUCCUGCCUCCUGUGAGAGAGGCCCGCCAGAAGCAGGCCACUCGGUCGCAAGAUCAGCAACAACAGUCACAACCACAGCAGCUUCCACCAGGGGCCGUGUCAGGAGUCGCAAGCAAGACCACGUCAAGGACAGCAAGCCCCGAGCUGGUUGCACCAAAGCCAGAUCCCGACGCUGCUCCUGCUCCUACCCCUGCCCCUGCCCAACCAGCAUCAACAGUCGUAACCCGCCGCCCAGCUUCGAGAGGAAAAGCGUCAAGCCAAGAGCCAGCACUACCUCACCACCCCCCAUCUCUGGCAGCAGACCGUCCCCGCCGGACUAGCACCGCCCGAAACACCCCUGCCCCUCCAGAUGUAGCCGCUGCCCUAUCUUCUCACGCAACCGCGACGACUUCUGCCACUGCUGCUAGCACCACCGCCGCCACUGCUCCCACCGCCGCCGGCAACUCCACCACCAGACCGGCCAGCAAACGAGCCGGCAAGCGCCCUGCUCCCGGCGUCAUCAGCCGGACCAACAGCGGCGGUAACAGCGCCGUGGGUACGCGCAAGGCGGCGCCGAGGAAGAAGCAGAGCGCCGCUGCCGGGUCAAGAACUGCUGGUGGCGGUAACAAGAAGGAGAAAGAGGUGGCGGCGACGCCGGUGGAAACACACGGCGGGACGGCAGAGGUGGAGGUGGACGACGAGGGGAAUGUGAUUGAUCCGGAGGAGCCGAGAUAUUGUCUGUGUAAUCGGGUCAGCUUUGGGACGAUGAUUCAGUGUGACAAUGUUGAUCAAUGCAAACAGGAGUGGUUUCACUUGGAGUGUGUCGGGUUGGAGGACAUUCCGGCGAGGACGACGAAGUGGUAUUGUCCGGAUUGCAGGAAGGCGUUGAAGAUUGGGGAGAGGGGGGAGGUUAGUGCCAGGGGGGUGAGGGCGUAG